AUGGAAGGUGCAUUUGGCCUGAGCUUGACCAUCGCAGCGUGCCACGCUCGCAGACAAUGCAGAAGCAAAGCUUCCCAUCGAUUUCGUCGGGUCUGGGCGGCAACAGCCGUGGAGACUCGUGUUGAGUCUCCUCCAGUUGAAGCUGCGCAAAAUGAACCGCCCAACGAACCUAGCGAGCGCAAUCUGAUUGUUCUAUUGGUGGCUGCUGCGUAUGUUAUUUGGCAGAUGGACAAGGUCAAUAUGUCAGUGGCCAUUCUGCCAAUGGCGGAGCAGAUGGGCUGGGACUCCGCCGAUGAAGGCGUGAUACAGAGUUCCAUCUUUUGGGGCUAUGCGGCCACCCAGAUCAUCGGCGGCUUUCUUGCAACACGCUACGGUGGGAAGAGAGUGCUCCUCUUCGCCGUGACACUUUGGUCUUGUGCAACAAUGCUGGCACCCGUGGCUGCGAGCAUGUCCACGCAGGUGUUCAUCGCAAGCCGAGUUCUUGUUGGAAUAGGCGAGGGCUUAGCGCCUGCUGCUGGUCUCCGCAUGGUUGCGACUUGGGUGCCGGAGUCAGAACGCAGCCGGGCUGUGUCCACCCUGGGCAGCGGGAAGACCAGCGGUUCGAUUGCGGGGCUGCUGCUGGCUCCUGUUGUCAUCAACAGUUUGGGCUGGCAAGCCAUGUUUUAUUCCUUCGGAUUCUUGGGCCUGCUCUGGGCAGGGGUCUGGCUUCUUAAGGGCAAGGACCGUGAGGGAAGCUCCACUGUGGCAAGCGAGGAAGCCAUUCCCUGGUUAUCCAUCCUCAGAACUCCGCAGCUUUGGGGUGUGGUCGUGGCCCAUUUCUGCCACGAUUGGGGGGGCUAUGCCUUGCUGACGUGGACUCCCACAUAUCUCAACCAAGCCUUAGGCUACAAUCUGGAAGGUAGUAGCGAGAUAACUGUAAUCCCCAGCGUUUGUGCAGUUGCCGUCGCAGCAGGCAGCGGCAUUCUGGCAGAUAGCCUCCAUGGUAAUGGCAUGGACCUCACUUCUGUGAGGAAGCUUUUCCAAAGCAUCGGCUUCUUUAUUCCUUGUCUGAUGUUGGGACUGCUAGCCACAACUGGGAAUGUGGAGCCGGGUUCGCUUAUGCCGAUUGUCCUGCUUACCUUUGGUAUAGCGUCUGGGGCUUGUUCAUAUGCUGGCCUCUACUCCAGCCAUGCUGACUUGAGUGCAAAGUACAGUGCCUUGGUCAAUGCCAUUUCCACCACUUUUGGUGCUCUGGCAGGAGUGUGCUCAAACGCGUAUGCUGGAUACAUGCUUAAGGCAACAGGAUCCUGGUCGCAGGCCAUUUUCUUGCCGUCCAUCGCACUCUAUGUGGUUGGUUGGGCAGUCUACAUUUCCCUUUACGAUGCUACACCCGUAGACUGGGAUGCGCAAGAUGAGAAAUAG